UCCAGACUCUUGUCAUUGUUGUUUUUCUUUUCUUCGUUUCAAUCGUCGCGUUAGAAUAAAAUCGGGAAACUUUCUGAAAACCCGUUAUUUAAUUCAUAAAAAAGUAUAGUUAUUUUAUCAAGUGACUGUGAAAACAUUGAAAUACUUAGCGACCGAAGGAAGAACUCGAUCGUCAUUUCCGCAGGAAGCCGAGUUUUUGAAAUCGCCGAGGAUUUUUUAAGUUGCGUAGAAAACAAGAAGACGGCGUGAACAGCACAGCAGCUGAGUUCUAUUCGUUGACCUGGACGCGGAACAAGGAUAGCAUUCUUGUGUGAACUUGAAAAGCCCAUUAAAAUUGUGAUUAUUUUCCAUAUUUCCUUGAUCCGUUCGAACCCAGAGGAAGUGGUUCAUCGGGAAAAAUUAAAAAAAGCAAUUGCGACUGCACCCGGACGGCAGGACAUCGUUUCUUCUGUGUAUCCCUAUUCACCCUUCUCCAAGGGGUCUGCGGUCGUUUUAUGGGCAACAUUGUCCUGCGUAGUCGUGCCCUAGCGAAUAUGAGCGACGUCGAAUUUGAGGAAGAUGUUGACAUUAUCGAGGAAGACGAUCUAUUCGAUGAACCACUGGAGGGAGAGGAAACUCCACACGAAAAUCAUCUGGUUUCGAUUCUGCGGCAACUUAUAAGCAGCGGCGAGAUACAAAUUCUAAACAAUGAAAAUUUUCCCACCAUGUCACUACCGGUUAUCAAAAAACGGCCGAAUUUGGAACAGUUAAAGAAAAGCGCAUUCUAUCAGAGCAUCAAACAAGCUUCCGGAUAUGGAGCAGACGCCAGCAGUCCUUCGGAGAAGUUCUCCGUGCUCAAUAUGCUUGCCCAGCGGCAGAGUGGAUUGGGAGCCAAGGGUGGUCCGUUCAUCCAGAGUGACAAAUGCAAGAUCAACAACCUGUUUUUACCGAAUCGAACGGAGAGGCAUAUCGUGAAUUGCAACUCCAAAGUGUUUUGUGGAACAUUCUCACGGGAUGGUUCCCAGUUCAUUAGUGCCAGUCAGGACAACAAAAUACGCAUCUUCGAUGCCACCUCGAGCCAAUACCGGCAGGUGAAUCAAAUCGAGGCGAAAAAUGUAUCCUGGUCCGUGCUGGACAUUGACUUCAGUCCUGACGAAGAGCACUUCGUCUACUCCACGUGGGCUGAUGCUUUAUUUGUUUCUCGCAUGCGUAACAUGGAAUCGGAUGAUAUACACUGUCUCUUCCUUCGGCCUCAUUGUCCGAAAUUUGGUGUAUUUACCGUUGCAUACUCCAACUGUGGCAAGCAAAUUCUGGCAGGAGCAAACGACGGUUGUUUAUACACAUAUGAUUUGGUGGCGAAUCGUCGUGUUCUGAUGGUUCCCGUCGCCCAAGAGAAGCAUGAUGUGAAUGCAGUUGGAUUUUUAGACGAAUCAUCGAACAUUUUCUUCAGUGGAACUGACAAUGGACUAAUAAGGGUUUGGGAUCAACGCUGCCUCAACGAAGCAAAUCCAGAGUCAGCAGGGGCACUAAUUGGACACUUCGAUGGGAUCACCUACAUCGAUUCGCGUAAUGAUGGGCGCUACAUUAUUUCCAACUCCAAGGAUCAGAGCAUCAAGCUGUGGGACCUCCGUGUGUUUUCCCCUGCCGAUGCGGAAUCGAAAAUUAAGAAUCAAGUCGGUUUCGGGCAUUGGGACUACCGGUGGGACGAUGUACCCAGGAAAUUCUAUAAUCCAGUAAAGCCAAUCGAUGGGGAUACUAGUGUGAUGACCUACCGAGGGCAUAGAGUACAAAAGAGUCUGAUAAGAGCCAAAUUCUCUCCAGCGGCCACCACUGGACAGCGUUACAUUUAUACCGGUUGUGGAACAGGUCGUCUUAUAAUCUACGAUGCUCUUACCGGAAAGAUCGUACAAGCAAUCGAAAGUCAUAGAGACACGGUUCGUGACGUCGCUUGGCAUCCGCAUAGGCCAGAAGUGCUAACUUGUUCGUGGGACUUCCAUGUGAACCUCCAAACCUACCGAUCCGCGGAGAACAUAAAGAAGAAGACGUGCCCUUAUGCCUCCAGAACACGCCGAAUGGCGGACAGUGACGAUGAAAGUGAAAACGACAGCCCGCCGUUGCGGCGCUCCCGCAGAAUAGCCGAACUGAGAAGGGCACAGGCUAAUGACGAGUAGAAUAGGCUUAGACAGAAGGGUUAGGAUUGCAUUCAAUAAAAAACGGCAAUAUCAGAAACAACAAUCAUUCUUAGUCAUGCUCAGUUGCUCAGCGGAUGCAAAUUCUCUACUUUAAACAAAGCCGUUAUUUUGCGAUCUACUUCAUAAGUUACGUUAUUAGCAACUUUUAUCUUUCAAUGCGGAAGCGUCAUCCGGUUGUGGCAUAUUAAAGACAUGUAACGUCUGUGCUGUACACAUGCAUUGUGGUAAUGCUGGAUGUCUAAAAAUUGUAAAAAAAUAUUAGGUACGUAAUAUGUUAUGGCCUUUACAUAUAGACUGUCAAGUUUAGAUUCGAUUGUUGAAAACUAGUUUUAAAGCCUUCGUCAAUACUUUUCAAUCUACUUAUUUGAAGUCACAUAAAUUAUACCCUACCUUUUAUUGGUUAACUACUAUUGAUAUGUAAAAUAAAUUACGUUAUUUACAGGAUAAGGACUUGAAGGAAA